UUGCCCUCCUCAGCCGGAGUGAAUCGGGAAGGAGGCGAGAGGAACGGAACAGCAAAUAAAACACGAAAAAAGCGACUAUCCGCACAGGACUGGGGUCUAGAAGUGAACAGGACAACAAAAAUGGCGAGUCCAGGAAAAGACAGUUAUCGAAUGAAAAGCUACAAGAACAAGGCCCUGAACCCGCAGGAGAUGAGAAGACGGAGGGAGGAAGAGGGCAUCCAGCUGCGGAAACAGAAGAGAGAAGAACAGCUGUUCAAGAGGAGGAAUGUUUAUGUGCCGCCGGGUGAUGAGUCCAUGUUAGAGUGCCCCAUUCAGGAUCCUGACGUCAGCUCCACUGUCCCCAUAUCAGGAGAGGUAGUUAUAACUCAAGACAUGGUUCAGAUGAUCUUCUCUGAGGACCCAGACCAGCAGCUUCUAGCAACCCAGAGGUUCAGAAAAUUACUCUCCAAAGAGCCCAACCCACCAAUCGAUGAGGUCAUACUCACUCCAGGUGUGGUCAGCAGGUUUGUGGAGUUCCUGAAGAGGAGCGACAACUGCACCCUGCAGUUUGAAGCUGCCUGGGCCCUGACCAACAUCGCUUCGGGGACGUUUCUGCACACCAAGGUGGUGAUUGAGACAGGAGCUGUGCCCAUCUUCAUCGAGCUGCUCAACUCUGAGUAUGAAGAUGUGCAGGAGCAGGCUGUGUGGGCACUAGGAAACAUCGCAGGAGACAAUGCAGAGUGUAGAGAUUUUGUCCUGAACUGCGGCAUCCUGCCAUCUCUGCAGCAGUUACUUGCAAAAUCGAAUCGUCUCACAACAACCCGGAAUGCUGUGUGGGCGCUGUCUAAUCUUUGCAGAGGCAAAAACCCUCCCCCAGACUUCUCCAAGGUGUCUCCGUGUUUAAGCGUUUUGUCCAGGCUGCUUUUUAGCAGUGACCCUGAUGUGCUGGCGGACGCGUGCUGGGCCCUCUCAUAUCUGUCAGACGGUCCAAAUGACAAAAUACAGGCCGUCAUUGACUCUGGAGUGUGCAGGAGACUGGUGGAGCUCCUCAUGCACAGUGAUUAUAAGGUGGUGUCUCCUGCACUGAGGGCUGUGGGGAACAUUGUGACGGGAGAUGAUAUUCAGACCCAGGUAAUCCUGAACUGCUCAGCGCUGCCCUGCCUGCUUCACCUGCUCAGCAGCCCUAAAGAGUCCAUUAAGAAGGAAGCGUGCUGGACGGUAUCUAACAUCACAGCUGGAAACAGAGCACAGAUACAGACGGUUAUAGAUGCGAACAUCUUCCCUGUGCUGAUCGAGAUCUUGCAGAAGGCAGAGUUCCGCACCAGAAAGGAGGCAGCAUGGGCAAUAACAAACGCAACCAGCGGGGGCAGUCCGGAGCAGAUCAGGUACCUGGUGUCUCUAAACUGCAUUAAACCGAUGUGCGACCUCCUGACGGUGAUGGACUCCAAGAUUGUGCAGGUUGCUCUGAAUGGCCUGGAGAACAUCCUCAGACUGGGAGAACAGGAGUCCAAACAGAAUGGAACCGGCAUUAACCCGUACUGUGCACUCAUCGAGGAGGCAUACGGUCUAGACAAGAUCGAGUUUCUCCAGAGCCACGAGAACCAGGAGAUUUACCAGAAGGCCUUCGACCUGAUCGAGCAUUACUUCGGCGUGGAGGAGGAGGACGCCAACAUUGCUCCUCAGGUGGACCAGAACCAGGGCCAGUACAUCUUCCAGCAGCCUGAGGGGCCGAUGGAGGGCUUCCAGCUCUAAGCUGGCUUACAGAGUGAAGCUUCAGGUGCUGCUUCCAUCCUGCCUGGAGCUACGGAUUACACACAAACACUCUAUCUCUGUCUCUCUCUCCCUAUGUCUCUCUCUUUUGCUCUCUCUGUCCGUUCUUUUCCUCUCUCUGGAUGGGGAAGGACCGUCUCCAAAGCAGGACCGGAACAUCUGCCAGAGUUGUUUGCAGCUGCUCCUGCAGUGCCCUGUUAUCUGACCCUUAACUUUUCUUUCUUUUAAGUCGGAGAGGAGAGUGGAUGUUUGAUUGAGGAAACUUCCGGAAUCCUGUAGGAUCUUACAGGAAUAUCAACCUGUUGUGACUACCCAGUCUCACAUAGACUUCUAGUGUUUUUUGUUUGACUUUUUUCCCCUCAAAAAUGAGGCAAGAACUGGUUGCUUUUCUGUUGUUUCUCAUUUUCAGAUUAUGAUGAUUGAUUAUUAUUAUUAUUAUUAUUAUUAUUAUUAUUAUUAGAAGACAUUGGCACUGGUGUCCCCAAUAAUAAUAAAAAAAACUCCCUUUCGAAAUGUGAAUCUACCUCUAUAAUCAUCAGCGUUAAAAAGUGUGUGGAAACAGCGCUGACGGUAUAGUUUUCUCCUUCCUUUUCUUUCUUUCUUUCUUUCUUUCUCGAAUACACACUGGUUUUCUGCUGUGUAGCCUGUGGCGCAUUCACAGCCACUCAUUAUUAGUUCCGAACUAAUUUAAUUUGCAUGAGCAAAAGUGUAUUUGUUAUAGUUUGUUUAUUUUAGCCCCUAACACGGCCUGAGCGCUUUCUUUCUCUCUUACACACACACACACACACCUCUGUCUAAUGCUGUGUUUAACAAACGUCUACGAAGAUCUCAGAUCCAGAGACUUGAUAGGCAUGAAACUGCUGCCCCCUAGUGGCUGUUCUCAAGUGUUGGCACUGAUUUUUGUGCUAAUAGACUUUUUAAUGGGAGAAGAGGAGCUGAGCUUAUAUUUAUUUUGUCUGAAGUUUUUUUCUGUGUGUGCGUGCGUGUGUGUGGUGGACAGCUGUAAUCUCACACACUCAACAAAACACCCACCCACCCUGUUACACCGCUGCUCCGACGCGCAUAACCCGGAGAUGAACGCUAUGGCACAUCUUAUUUAAAUAUUGUGGUCAUGUGACCGCUCAAAUGCAGUCUGGUUGGUGUUUCCACCCACAGUCAUGCUUAUUGAUGAACUGUUGGAGAACUUGCAUUAAUUUUUCAUUUUGAAUCUUUUUUUUUUAUUAUUAUUUUUUCUUGAAGUUUCUAUUUUGGGGCUUGAUGUGUUUAUCUAUCUGUUUAAAGAAAAAACUAAACUAAAUAUCAAUCAUGUGUUGGUUUGACUCUAUUUUCAUAUUAAUAUUAUUUAAGGUGGAACGACUUCAGCAAACACUCGGACUGGAAUUUCUAUAUUGACUGAUCAGUGAACACAAAGUUGAUCCAGGACAUUGAAUACUAAUGCUGGACUCUUGACGGAGAUACAAGGCUUUUGUCUCGUUUGUGGUGUUGAACUGUGUUUCUGGUGUUUUCCUCCAGAGGCAUGUUGCCCCGACCCCUUUGCCUCUUCUUUGUAAAUGCCAUAAACACCAGAUAAAUAACUGCCAUCUCCCACCGUUGCUCAUCUGAGACCUUCCCAUCUGCACUCUGAUAUCGUCUCAGGCUUUUUUUUGUUUGUUUGUUUGUUUUUAGUUUGUUCUUUCUUCUCAUUUUUAAGGAAACAUUAAGUACCUUGAGCAUCCCACUGUUUUCAGCAUGCUCUGUGUUGAUAAAAUGGAACCUCAUAUCCAAAUUCAGUUUUAAUGAAUUAAUUGAUUGAUUAACCUGAACUGAGGUAUAAUUUACACAACAAUUGAAAAAAAGAUUGUAAAAGAAGCACAUUUCAAUGGUGUAUAGUUUUCUAAUAUUUCUCAUAUUUGUACAAUGUUUUUCAGGUUUGGGUUGCGCUUCUUUUUUUUUUUCUCUUUCCUCGCUCCCCCCUCCUCAUCGGGGAAAGGGAUUCGUAUUUUUUUGGGGUCUUUCAAAGUCGACAUUGGUACCAACCUGCAGUGUAGAGGAUGUCGUUUUUCUCCUCAAGAAUGUUGAAAUUAUGUACAAUGAUGUAGAACAAAUAAAAUGUUCUGUUACACAAGA